UUCCAGAUACAAACAAGCGGCAAAGUUGGGGCUAGGCGCACGCGCUCGCCAUGAAGAAGCGCCUGGCAAACGGGAGCAUAAAGUGCGAUUCGCCGGGAGUCGAUCGGCUUAGUGGCCUUCCCGACGACGUGCUCGGGCGCAUCCUGGGCUUCCUACCCACCCCGCUGGCCGUGCGCGCGACCCAGCUAUCGCGGCGUUGGCGGCGGCUGUGGCCGGCGCACGUGCUCGCCCUCAACCUAUCCGUCCAGGACUGCAAGAACCGUGGCGUGGGGGUCCGGUUCCCCGACCUCUGCGCGCGUGCCCUCGCGCGGUUCCCGAUCUUCUCCAUCCCCUCCAUCUCCCUCGAGUUUUGCACGCGCGACCAGAUCGGUGUCGGCAAGGCCCAAGCAUGGUACGCCGAGGCCAUGGAGCGCGCGGCGGGGUCCGUGAGCGUCACAUUGCUACGGGGGGCAUUCACGCUGGCACUCCCGCGGUUCACGCAGGCGGAGGCCCUGUCCCUGACUCUGACCCACAGAAUCGAUCUGGAGCUCCCGGCGGCCGGGGACGACCCGCUGCUGCAGGCCUGCUCGCUCACCACCCAACACCUGGAGCUGGACCUGGUGCUGCCGGACGAGAUGACCCUCGACAACUGGCUAGGCCCGGAGGAGCGGGGCUCGUGCGAGGACCUGAUGAGAUACGUCCCGCCAUUGCCUCGCGUCACCGUGCUCUCGCUCAAGGUUCGGUGGGGGGUGAGUGGUGGCGACAUCGGGCCGUGCCUGGCCUCCGUCCUGUCGCGUGUCCCGAGCGUGGCAACGAUUCACGUGGAACCAGCCCCGUACUGUCUCACCGUCUUGGGGGGCGCAGUCGUGCCGCGAGGAGAGUGCCGGUGGGGUCGUUGCGUCGUGGACGAAAGGGGUAGCGGUGGCCAGCUGGAGUCUCUCCGAGAGAUCGUUGUCCACGGGCUAAGGGGAACGGACGGCGAGGAGUGCAACCUCGUCCAGGUUCUGCUUGGGACCGUGCCGCCGUCGAUCGAGAGGAUAUCUCUCGGGUGCUCUAAGCUCGGGCCGAACCCGGCUAACUCCUGCCCCCUGACGCCGCUAGGAUUCCUGGAACGUGCGGCCACCGCGUACCGCGAUUGCCCCUCCGUCGUCUACCACGACACCGUCUACACCUGGAGCCAGACCUUCCGCCGCUGCCUCCGCCUCGCCUCUGCCCUCGCCUCGAUUGGGAUCGCCCGCCGGGAUGUCGUAAGAAGAUUAACGUGCUCAACUGCUUAUCUUAUGUUCCACGUCAACGGCUGGAGCUUUCCGUGGGGGGUAGCCGUGGUGGGCGGCAGCAACGUCUGCCUUCGCCGCGUAGACGCCGCCGAUGUCUACGCCGCCAUCUCUCGCCACGGGGUGACGCACCUCUGCGGCGCGCCGGUCGUGCUGAACAUGCUGGCCAAUGCACCCGAGGCCGUGCGGAAGACGCUGCCCGGCAAGGUGGAGAUACUCACGGGCGGCGCACCGCCGCCCGCUGCCGUGCUGCACCGCACCGAGGCCAUCGGCUUCAAAGUCAGGCACGGGUACGGGCUAUGCGAGACGGCGGGGCUGGCGACGUCGUGCGUCUGGAACGCGGAGUGGGACAAGCUGCCCGCCUCGGAGCGCGCGCGGCUCAAGGCGAGGCAGGGCGUGCGCACGCCGGCUACGGCCGAGGUCGACGUCGUCGACGAUAAGAGCGGCCGCAGCGUGCCCCGUGAUGGCUCCACGGCAGGCGAGGUAGUGAUCCGAGGAGGGUGCGUCAUGCUGGGUUACUUCAACGACGAGGCGGCGACACGGGCGUCGAUCAGGCCAGACGGCUGGUUCUACACGGGGGACGUCGGGGUGAUGCACCCGGACGGGUACCUGGAGAUACGCGACCGCUCCAAGGACGUGAUCAUAAGCGGCGGGGAGAACAUCAGCAGCGUGGAGGUGGAGUCCGUGCUGGGCGAGCUGACGGAGGCGGAGCUCGUGGCAUGGUGCCGGGAGCGCAUGCCGCGCUACAUGGUGCCGAAGACCGUCGUGUUCCGGGACGAGCUGCCCAAGACGUCCACGGGCAAGAUCCAGAAGUACGUGCUCCGGAACAUCGCCAAGGAGUUGGGGCCCACCAGCAGGGGCGUCAGCAGCAAGAUGUAG